CCCGCGCGUCCCGCUCGGCUCUGAGGAGACGCCGCCAUUUUGUGCGGCCGCCGCUCGGUUCCGUUCCGUUCCCGUUCGCCGCCGCCAUGCGCCCGGGCGUGAAGCUCUUCGUGGGCAACGUCCCUGAGGAGGCCACGGCGGAGGAGCUGAGCGAGCUGUUCGCCGGCACCGCCGGGCCCGUGCUCGGCAUCGCCCUCAUGAAGCAGUUCGCGUUCGUGCACCUCCGUGAUGAGGCGGCGGCGGCCCGCGCCAUCUCCCAGCUCAACGGACACCAACUGCACGGCCGCCGGAUCGUGGUGGAGCCGUCCCGGCCCCGGCCCACCAACACCUGCAAGAUCUUCGUGGGGAACGUGUCGGCCGCCUGCACCAGCGGCGAGCUGCGCUCGCUCUUCCAGCAGUACGGCACCGUGGUCGAGUGCGACGUGGUGAAAGACUAUGCAUUUGUUCACAUGGAGAACGAAGCAGAUGCAAAGGUUGCCAUCGAAAACCUUAACGGGAAGGAGGUGAAGGGGCGCAGAGUGAACGUGGAACUCUCCACCAACGUCCAGAAGAAGGGCGCGGGCCAGGCCCUGCCUCCCGCCCUCGGCCUCGACAAGACCAAGAGGAUCGGCCUGGAAUACCGGGAGAAGUUCCAGCCCAAGAUCGAGGGCUUCGACCAGCAGCGCCGGGUGGCCGAGGCUGCCUUCCCCUCUGCCGCCAACGCCGGCUACGCUGCCGCCUCCUCCCUGUACGAUUACCAGCAGCGCUUCGGCACUGGUGGCGCCGGCAAGUACGAGGCUUUUGAGGCACAGGCCAGGCCCGUCUCCCCCUCCUACUUUGGGAGAGACCGCAGCCCACUCCGGCGCUCCCCGACCCGCGCCGGCUACGCGGCAGUGACGCUCCCCAUGACGGCACAGCCUGCGACUUACCGUGCCCAGCCCUCGGCCUCGCUGGGGGCCACGUACCGCGCCCAGCCCUCGGCCUCCCUCGGCGUGGCCUAUCGCCCACAGCCCACCACCGGCCAGGCUGCUUCCUACCGCAGCCAGCCCUCGGCCUCGCUGGGGGCUACGUACCGUUCCCAGCCCUCCAUCUCCCUCGGCGCCUCCGGGGCGCAGCCCACCGCCAACUCCCUCGGCUCCUACGGUGCCCAGGCCCCUGCCUCCUAUGGCGCGCAGCCUGCUGCCUCCCAGCUCUCUGGCUACGGUGUCCAAUCCGCCACCAUUGUCUCCUCAUAUGGGGCGCAGGCUGCCUCCGGCUACCCCACUUCCUACAGCGCACAGGCCGCCACCGCUGUUGCCUACGGUGCCCCAGCAGCUGCUGGCCCCACUGCCUCCUACGGUGUCCAGGCUGUGGCCACACAUGUGGCCUCCUACAGCACCCAGCCUGCUGCUGGCUACAGCGCACAGCCCAUAGACGGCCACGCUGCCGCCUACGGCGCACAGCCUGGUGCCACACUCUCUGCCUCCUAUGGCGUGCAGGCCGUGGCCACACACAUCACCUCCUACGGUGCCCAGGCAGUGGCCAGUCACGCCGCUGCUGCCUACCAGCCUGUGCCCGGCCACUCAGUCUCAUACGGCGCCCAACCAGCACCCGCGCUCUCAGCCCCCUAUGGUGCUCAGCCUGUUGCCGGUCACUCUGCUGCCUAUGGUGCCCAGCCCACCGCCAACCUGCCCUCCUCCUACGGCAGCCAGUCUGCUGUCAACGCGCUCUCGGCGACCUACGGCGCCCAGGCGGGCUCCUCGCUGGCAGCUUAUGGCAGCCAGGCCAUCAACGCCUCCUACAAGGCGCAGGCAUCGGCCCCACUGACGGCUGCAUACCGGCCGCAGCCCUCUGGCUCGAUGGCGGCGUCCUACCCGGCGCAGCAGCCCUCCUCCGCCUCGCUGGCGGCUGCCUACCGAGCCCAACCGGGCAGCGCCUACGACGGGCCGAGCCAGCUGGGGCAGCCCACGGCCUCCUACCUGGGCCUGUCACAGGCCGCCAUCGCACCGCCAUACGAGCGCACCCGCCUCUCUCCACCUCGCAGCGCCGCCUACGACGACCCAUACAAAAAAUCCUCCGCUAUGGCUAAAAGGUACGGCUCCGAGCGCCGUCUCUCUGACCUCUCAGAUUACCGGCGCUUAGCAGACUCGCCGCUCGCGUACCGCCGCUCGCCGACAAAGUCCCCGCUGGAUUACCGCCGCCUCCCGGAAGCGCACCCCGAUUACGCCCGUUACUCGGGCACGUACGGCGAUUACCUGCCCGCCGCCCGCGUCCACUCGGGCUACCAGCGCCGCCUCUGAGAGCGGGCAGGCCGCGUGCGCCACGGUUCGGUUCUGGCUCUCGCCCCCAUGGGCAGGACGGUUCUUUUUUAGCUGCUUUUUCUCUUUUUUGGAGUUGUUUUAGAAGGAUCCACGGUUACGGUUGGAAAGCGGGGGCCGGGUGCCAGGCGCGCGGUUCACCGUCCCUUCCCGCCGUAACACGGUAGCGCCGUCUUUUGCCGUCUCAGCUGUUGGCACCGGUUAUAACCCAGGCAGGCAUUGCCACCGAGUAGAGCCCACGUUCUUUUAUACCACGAGUUCCCCCUUUUGGGGUUCAUUCCCCCUCUGGCAGUGUCAGUCCGCGGCACGGCGCCGGCUCAGCACAGCACCGAGGUUUUGUAUGACUGUAAAUAAACGUUGGGCUCUUCACCGUC